AUGAAAGGUUUGGUACAGGGAUUGGAUCCACAUUUUGGAGAAGAUGUUCCAAAAAAUUUAUUGGAUUUUUCGGAACCAUCUAUACGGAGAGGAUUUAUUCGUAAGGUAUAUGCCCUUGUUAUGUGCCAACUCCUAGUAACAAUGGGUUUUAUAUCCAUUUUCGUCUUUUACAAACCGACGCAGCUUUUCGUAGAGACACACACUUAUAUUAUAUGGAUUGCGUUCGUAGUUGUUUUUGUGACAAUUAUCGCAAUGGCCUGUUGUGAGUCUGCGCGUCGGAAAGCACCAAAUAACUUUAUAUUCCUGUUCAUAUUUACCGUCGCCAUGAGCAUUCCGCUGGGCAUCGCUUCCAGUAAAUUUCAAGUUAAAGAGGUCUUUAUAGCAUUAGGUGUUACAGCCGCUAUAUGUCUGGCCCUGACCAUCUUCGCGUUUCAAACGAAAUGGGAUUUCACUUUGUGCGGUGGCUGGCUCAUAGCCGCAUUGACGAUUCUAGUAACGUUCGGUUUCAUGAUGUUAUUUCUACCAUAUAACAACAAACUACAUCUUCUAUACUCUGGUGUGGGGGUUCUGCUAUUCUCUAUGUACUUAGUCUAUGAUACACAGAUUAUGAUGGGAGGAGAACACAGAUAUAGCAUUUCACCAGAAGAAUACGUUUUCGCCGCUUUAAAUAUAUAUUUGGAUAUUAUCAAUAUAUUUAUCAGGAUUCUUCGAUUAAUUCAUUAA